AUGAAACCAACUGUCAACGAAAAUAUCAACGUCUAUCUUGAAGAUCGUGAUUUAUGGACGAAAUUUAAACCAUUAACAAAUGAAAUGAUUGUUACAAAAGCGGGAAGACGAAUGUUUCCUGUAUUGAAAGUAUCGAUUCGCGGUCUUGAUCCAGAAUCAAUGUAUACAAUCGAAUUGCAUUUUGAUCAAGUUGAUUCACAUCGUUGGCGUUAUGUUAAUGGACAAUGGCAACCUGGUUCAAAACCGGAUCCACCCAUUCAACGUGGACCUUAUGUACAUAAUGAGUCACCAAAUUUUGGUAAACAUUGGAUGAAAGAUACAAUUUCAUUUUCAAAAGUGAAACUAACAAAUAAAACAAAUCAUACGGGAUCAACACAGAUUGUUCUUAAUUCAUUGCAUAAAUAUGAGCCAAAAAUUCGUAUAUCUCAAGUCAUUCAUACAUCGAAACGUGGAAAUGAAACAAUUCCCGUUUAUACAACAAGUUUUCCUGAAACAGAAUUUAUUGCUGUAACGGCGUAUCAAAAUGAUGAUAUCACAGCACUGAAAAUUCGUUAUAAUCCAUUUGCCAAAGCAUUCUUAGAUACAAACAAAAGAGACGAACGAGAAUUGGCUGAUGAAUAUAAUUUACAACAAAAUGGUCCAUCUCAUCCACAUCAUCCAUUUCCACCAAAUUUCAGUUUCUUUGACACACAUUAUCAUUCAAAUGGUAUUGAUCGAUUAAAAUUUCAUAAUUAUCGUUCAACUCCAUAUCCAUCAUUAUACAGUCAAAAUACAACGAGAACAAAUACAAGAAAAUCACCACCAAAUCCUUCAUAUCCUACAAAAAUCGAGUCAUAUAAUUUUCCAUUUGAUACAUUUUAUAAUCCAGCAUCUGUUUCAUCUUCAUCAAAUAAUCCAUGUUCAUCAAUGAUGUCAAUGUUUCCAUCGCCUACAGCAUCUGGUAUCUCACCAUCACCGACACCAAACUACAUGUAUCCGGUAUCAUGUUUAUCACCAUCAUCAUACACUUAUCCAUAUUCUUAUCCAACAGUAUCACCAUCUUCGACAUUAAAUUAUUGUCAAGCAUCAACAUCUUCUCCAGCUUCUCUAUCAUUACCAUCGUCUACAGCAUCGUCAUUAUUAUUGCAACAAGCUCUCUCGUCCUCAUCUCCAUCAUCUCCCAAUGAUAAUACGAUUACAAACACGUCAGGACUCUACGAUAUCGGUCAAAGAUCGCCAAUAACAUCCGAUGAUAGUAAUCGAUAUUAA